AUGCGGAUUCCCUUCUGCCUCAGAGGGGAAAUUGCCACAUCCAUGCACUUCAUGAAAGUGGUGUCUGAUGCUGCAGGACAAGGCAUCACCAUCACAGGAGACAAAACCUUCAACAACUGGAAUUGGCCCAAUGCUGUCAUCUUUGCAGCUACAGUUAUUACAACUAUAGGUUAUGGAAAUAUUGCACCUAAAACACGUUCAGGGAGGGUUUUCUGUAUCUUUUAUGGUCUUUUUGGAGUGCCGCUGUGUUUCACAUGGAUCAGUGAACUUGGAAAGUUUUUUGGAGGAAGAGCUAAACACCUUGGGCAAUAUCUUACUAAGAAAGGGGUAACAUUGCGGAAAACACAGUUCACCUGCACAGCUGUCUUUCUGUUAUGGGGUGUGUUGGUGCAUUUAGUGAUUCCUCCAUUUGUAUUCAUGUCUCAAGAGGGCUGGACCUAUAUUGAGGGCUUGUAUUUUUCUUUUGUCACUUUGACAACUAUUGGAUUUGGUGAUCUUGUAGCAGGUGUUGACCCCAAUGCUGACUACCCUACUCUGUAUCGGUAUUUUGUAGAGGUGUGGAUUUAUCUUGGUCUGGCAUGGCUGUCUUUGUUUUUCAAUUGGAAGGUGCGCAUGGUUGUGGAGGCUCACAAAGCUCUAAAGAAACGCCGUAAAAGGCGCAAACUUUCUCUGGAUGAGCUACAGGCAAGUCACAAGACCCUACAUCUGCCACCAACUCCCAAUGAUGUCAACAUCUUUAGCUUCCUGUCCAGGAAAAAAGAAGAUUACAAUGACUUAAUCAAGCAGAUAGGUGUUGAGAAGGAAGGAGAAGAUCAAUGUGUCAGCUUCAUCACUGGAAGCAAGAAUAAAGCACCAAACCGCUCAAAGAGCUGCAGUGAUAGUUAUUCCAUUAAUGGAAAUUACAUUAUCAGUCUAGACCACUCACCUCGACAGAAACGCCACUAUAGCUUCAGUGAUAGAGUUAAUGUAGCUCUCUCAAAAUCCAACAGUUACCUUCUUAGCCAAGAGGAAUGUCUUCUCAUGAAUGAAAUGCAUGGGGAAGAAGAGACAGACACUGACCUAGACUGUAUAAGAAUGUAUGGGAAUCAGUUGGACAAGGAGGCAGGAGAGAAACACAAAUGUCUAGAACAUGGAGGAUGCAGCGAUGGCCGGAUCACAUGGGACUCCAAAAGUUACCAGACCCUCAUGUUUCCCAAUGCCAACAUUACCUUUAUUGAUGAAGAGAAUUUGCUAAACAACAACCUGGAGAAUGAUGAUAAUGACUUUAUGCCUAAGUUUUCAACUGCUGAUGAGACCGAUUUCAAAGAGGAACAAGGCUCGGAAUCUGAGACCUCCGUAUUCACCACAGAUGGGUCGGACCAUGGCCACUCCUAUGAACAGCUGGUGGAAGAGUAUUCCAAAGAGGACAACACUGACAUUUGAUUCUGUCUCCUUUCUUAAACCUCAGUAAAGUUUUUGUUUCAUGAAAAACCCGAAAUGAUGGUGAAAACUAUAGAAAUAUAAGGUUUUACACACAGCCCUUUUCCCAAUCACUCCUUU